GACGCCGUGACGCGCAGUGAACGCGGCGAGAGAGCGCUCGCGCGGGGCUGGGCCCUAUCGGAUCGGCGCGAAAGCGAUCAACAAAGGAAAGGGGGGCUCCGAGUUAUCAGUCGGCCGACGGCGAGGUCGCUUUGCGUGGCGUCGUCAGCGUCGUGCUCGCACAGCGCGCCCGUUGAUUUCUCGUCCCUUUCGCGUUGGAGCCUGGCGCAAACGAGGGUUGGACGGAGACGGUCGCCGGGCCAACCGGGCGUCGGCGACGACGACGACGACGCUGCCACUUGCCUCGCCGGACUUCCGCAGAGCUUCAGCGACCUGGUCCGGCUGGGCUGGAACCCCGACGAUGGGUCCCGCCCGGCGAGGCUCGGCGGGGACCGAGACGAGAGGCUCCAGAACCUCGUCAACGAAGCCCGCCAGUUCCUGGCCUCCUUGGGGCAGCCUCCGGGGGACCGACAGGACUCGGAGGCCAGUGCCGAGCUCCGGCGGACCCUAGAUCGACUGGACUCUUUGGGCCCGCUGCGACUGCUCUUCGCAAGGGGUCCAGGACGCCUGAGGGACGACGUGGACUCGGAGUCUUUCUCGUCGCCCCUCCCGCUGCAAAGCGAGACGUCUACGGCUGCUGGAAGGCCACGUCAGCGACCGCCUCAACGACCAGCUCAACGACCACCGUCCACGGGGCAACACCGUCAGCUGUCCGAAUCGGUGCUUCGGCCCGAGCUACACGCGGUGCUUAAACGACCAGCGGCUGUCCGGGUGCGUGAGCGUCGGGCCACGUCACUACCUCGUACAGGGUCCCGACGACAGUGUCAGCAAGCAGCUUCGUCGGAACGUCAGUCAUUUUUACGGCUUCCUUCCCAACUGCUACCUUCCACAACGCCCGUGCGUCAGCGACCACUUCAUCUACGGCGAGUACGACCGCCUGCGUCGGCGUGUGAGCAGGGGUCUCGAGCAGCACCUCUGCCGGAGGCUGAACUAAGGUCACAGUCGGCAAUAGUGCCUCAGAGACAACCUCUACGAUUGCAGUGGGGAUCCCCAUCCCCACCAGAGCCAAACAUAGAGACACAAUCCCGGCUUCCGCCUGAACUGUUGUCUCAGUCGGUACGUCAGCGACCUCCACAGCUACCAGAAGGGCCGCCAACAGUAUUCAGAGCAGACCAGUGUUUAGCAUCUCAAGGAGUGGCAUUGCCCGUAUGUCUGCCUCGUGCAGGCAGUCGGCAUGUGCCCGAAGGGCGGUCAUCGGAGCCAGAGUUUCAAAUGACGUUGCAGCCACAGCAAAUAAUUCCUCAACUACCUUCCAUGCAGCCAUUGACUGCACUCGUGCAAGAGCCCAGGACAGCGAUUUUCUCAGGGCCCUCACAAAUACUCUUAUCAGAUUCCCUACCGGAGCCGCCUCAGGACUCGCCGAUUAUGCUCCAACAACAAACUUAUUCAGUGCUCGAACCGUUGCCUCAUGCAGUGCAUCAAUCUAUGCCCCAAAGACGGAAAUCUCUGCCAGUUCCGCUACCAGUGUUGCAGCUCGGGGCACGUUUAGACUCGCAUCUUGAAUCGCAGCUAGAAUCAAGUUCAGAGCUACAGUUAAAGUCACAUUUAGGGUCGAGGCCGAAACCUCAGCCAAAGACAAAACUAAUACCGCAACGGCCUCCUCCACCCCCUCCUCAAGCGCUUCGACCAGUGUGUCAACGACGGCCACCCCAACCAGAGCCACGUGCGGAGGUACAUCUAGAGCUGCACCCAGAGCCUCCUCCAGAGCGACAUUCAGAGCUUCAGUUAAUUUCUGAAAGGCCAACCCAUCCAAACUUCGAACCAAUUCCUCAAAGUCAGCCGAUCAAGCUAGUGCCUCAACCUCUUAUUCACUCAUAUGUUCAGCCAUGCGUUCAAGCAUUGCAGACAGAACCUCCUUCAGAGCUACAUCUAGAGCCUCGAUUAAUACUUCAACGCCCACCCGCUCAAAGUGCAGCAAUGCCUCAAAAACGAGCGAUCAAACCAGUGAUUCAACCAGAGGUUCAAUCAGAACCACAAUCAUAUGUUCAACCAGAUGCUGUAUCAGAUCUACAGCCUGAACCAUGCACAGAACCUCUUUCAGGGUCACAUUUAGAGCCUCAGUUAAUACUCGAACGGCUGUCCCUUUCAAGUCCUCAACCAAAACCUCAGGGAUGGCCCAGCAAAGUAGUGCCUGAGCCAGAGCUCCAACCAGAACUCCAAUCAUAUGUUCAGCCAGGUGUUAUAUCAGAGCUACUGCUUGAGCCGCACUCAGAACCUCAUACAGAGUCACAUUUAGAGCCUCAGCUAAUACUUGAACCCCCACCCCUUCCGAGUCUUCAACCGGAGCCUCGGAGCCGACCGAUCCAGCCAGCGCCUCGGCUAAGGCUUCAGCCAGGCCUUCAACCGAAUGCUCAAGCUGAUCCGCAGCCGGAAACGCAGCCGGAGCCGCAUGUAGACUCCCAUGCGCAGUCACAACCAGAGCCGAUAUCGGCGCCUCGACGACUGCCUCCACCGCUGUUCGAACCAGGAUCCCGACAGGGGGCCGAACCGUCCGAACCAGGAUCCGAACCGGUGUCCGAGCCCCUGCCCGUUGAACCCGAGACGCCAGGACCGCCGCCACAGCGACCGCCUCGACGUCUUCGGCGACGCGGCGUCGACGACUCGUCCGCCUUCCACGGCGGGCGGCCAAGACGUCCGGUCCAGGGGGACUCGGGCCAGGAGCCUCAGCGGCUGGAGGACGUCACCGAGGUGCUCAGGCCUCCGCCCAGGGGGAUCCCCGUUGUUCGGCGACCGUCCGAGCGUCCGGGCAGCGCGGCGCGUCCGUUCGGAAAGCCGGCCAGUGGAGCAGCCGAGCAGCGGCCGCCCCACUGACCCAGAUGGCCUUCACCUUGGAGGUACAACGACCCCCCUUCCCUGCUACGCCGGCAGCGGCGUUGCGUCACGCCACGAGCCGUCCGCGAGCUCGGUUUCUUCUCAAACGGCCUGCGUGGUAGCGGCUAGCUUGACAGCGGCCGCUCGUGACCCGGGUCCGCUGGCUCGCUCUUCUUUGAAUUUCCUCCGGUUGUCCGCUGUUUCUCCCGCGCCACCCCCGGCGUCGGUGGCGCGCGCUGCCAUUCGCGCACUGGGAUGGAUAUGUGCCAACGACGUUCAGCUUCGCCGCGUUGAAAGCGCAGUAAACGUCUGUUUCGAAGCCAA